CCCGCGGGAGCGCGCGCCUCCUCCCCGCCCCCACCUGGCCCAGACGGCGGCACCAUGGCGGCGCCCAUUCCCCAGCUGCGGCCGGUCACCCACCUCCUCUUUGACAUGGACGGCCUUCUCCUGGACACGGAGCGGCUCUAUUCAGUGGUGUUCCAGGACAUCUGCGAUCGCUACGAGAAGCAGUACAGCUGGCACGUGAAGUCCCUGGUGAUGGGCAAGAAGGCCCUGGAAGCGGCCCAGAUCAUCAUAGACGUCCUGCAGCUGCCCAUGUCCAAAGAGGAGCUGCUGCAGGAGAGCCAGGCGAAGCUGCACGACCUGUUCCCCACGGCCGCGCUCAUGCCAGGGGUGGAGAAACUCAUGCACCAUCUGCGGAAGCACCACGUGCCGGUGGCCGUGGCCACCAGCUCCGGGGCCGAGUCCUUCGAGAGAAAGACCAGUGCCCACAAGGAAUUCUUCAGCUUGUUCGAUCACAUCGUUCUGGGGGACGACCCCGAAGUGAGGAACGGCAAGCCGGACCCAGACAUAUUCCUGGCCUGUGCCAAGCGGUUCUCCCCUCCGGCCCCCGCGGAGAAGUGCCUCGUCUUUGAAGACGCGCCCAACGGCGUGGAGGCGGCCCUCGCAGCCGGCAUGCAGGUGGUGAUGGUUCCAGACGCGAACUUACACCGAGACUUGACAGCAAACGCCACCGUCGUGCUGCGUUCCCUGCAGGACUUCCGGCUCGAGCUCUUCGGUUUGCCGCCCUAUGAGUGACAGGCCCUCCUGUCACUCGUGUGGGCUGCCCUGGGCGUGGCCCCCGCGCCCCCUGACUGAGCCCUACUGCUCCGGAAGCAGCCCCUCGCGGGCACUGCCCACAUUGCUAUGGCAACGGCCAUGCCCGCCUCAGGAGCUGUGCACUCCCUCUGCAAUCAGUGCACAUGGAAAGCCAGAACCGGACAGUGGAGAGAAAACAAAAUAGGGACAGCCCAGGACAGAGAUCAGAACACAGACCAAAGUUGUCCUGUGCAUAAUCACAGGACGGGAUUGUAUUUGCCUAGUCACCUAAUAACUGUGUACAAUGACUACGCACGCAUGCGUACACAUGCUUGUGUGCCAGUUUGUGCAUGCGUGCACACGGCUAUGUAAAUACAUACUUUGCCAAGACAAAAUGAAAUUCCAUGUCUUCAUUUCUUUGUAGUUUUUCUAAACCCCGGCUGGGACAUGUACAAUGCGUAUACAUAUAUGUAUAUGGUUCUAUGUAUAUCUAUGUAUAUUUAUGCAUAUCACACAUACAUUCUACGCUUCGUCUGUCUCCUCGUGCCGAGCUUAACGUGCAGUAGCAACUGAAAACAGGGAGACGAUAAGUCCCUCUGCUUUGUAAGCGGAGUCGGAAAGCCACGUCCUGGGUGACCCCUUAACAAAUCAGUCACCUGAAACUAAGAGGAAAUGAUGUCGAGUGUCAACUGUAAUUGAAAGUUUAAAAUAAAGAGACAUUGAUGAAAACAAAUCUCAGGUACCCUAAGAAAUAAAAUCAAAUAGAAGCAGGCUUAUGAGCCAGUUCACGUCCCAGCUUUUCCAUGGAUUAAGCUGUAUAAUCUUAGAAAAGUGAUCGAAACUCUGAUUCUCUGUGUCUACAUUUGUGAAAUGGGUCCAAUACCUACAUUUUCAGGACUGAGUAACUCAAUAGUGCUUGGUGUAUAGUAAUCUCUUUAUGACUGUGUUGCUGUUGUUAGUGCAAGAUUGGGUGGGUCUGGUGAAGGGGAAAUUUUGCUGCUUCGUUGAUGCUUAUUUUUUAUUUUAAUUGAGAAAAAUAUGUCUUUGUAAUAAAGGGAAAUUUAAGUGGGAAAAGAAGAAAUUAUUUUCUUUCUUCGCAAAUAGUGACAUUCUAUUUGUGUCCUCAAAAUAUCUCUGUGCACCUC